AUGGCAUCUUUCAGGGGUGCAAGCGAGGACCCCACAAAGUUCGAGCUCCUCCGAGAUGCACUCUACCAGGCGGUUGUCGACAAUGGCAGCGAGAGCCGGCUAUGGAACCAGAAGGAGCUGCUGGAUCUCGAUGUGAUCCCGGAACAGAAUCUGGUGGUCCUUAUGAAGGCCGUCCAGGCGCUGUGCCAGGACUUUUUGUUUAAGGCCAUGAACGACAGCCGGGCGGGGCUGUGCUGGCGGUACCGGCCAGCAGUGGACGCAGCCAAGUACAAGCAGCUCAACCAGGACCAGAUCAUGGUGUACGAGCUCAUCGACGAUGCUGGUGCCGACGGCAUCUGGGCGCGCAGUCUCAAGCACCGGCUCAACAUGCACGACUCGGUGCUGAAACAGUGUAUCAAGCACCUCGAGGUGAAGGGCUACAUCCGCGACAUGAAGAGCGUCGAGAACAUUGGCAAGAAGAUGUACAUCAAGGCGACGCUGCGGCCGUCGGAGCGGGCCACGGGCGGGCCGUGGUAUACUGACGACACGUUUGACGAGGCCUUUAUCGACCAGUUGCAGCGCGUCGUCUUUGACCUCAUCCGGGACCGGAGCUCGUACCUAAGUCGACACGGCGGCGCCAUCAGCCGAGGCGGUGCUGCCGGGGCGACAGCGCGACAGCCAAAAAAGGGGGCCAUCCGGGGAGGUGACCUAGCAGCGGCAGGAGCAGGAGCAUCAUCAUCAUCAUCGCCGGCGGCGACGGCCAAGACUGCCGCUCCUCGCGGGACGAAGCGUGGCGCCGAGGCGCUGUCGACCGGCGAUGACGGCCGUCCGGUGGCGCAUGCCAAUGGCCAAGGCCACAUCCAGCAGCGGCGCAGUCGACGGCACCAGGAGGUGUUACUGCCCAUGCCGAUGGGAUACACCGAGUAUCCGACGGUGCGGCAUAUCGCGGAGCUGAUCGACCAGUCCGGCAUCACGUCCAACACGACGCUGGGCGAGUCGGACGUCCAGCAGAUCGUUGACGUGCUCGUGUACGACGGGCUGCUGGAGUCAGUGCGUCUGCCCCAUUCGCAUGACACCGGCUACCGGGCGCUCAACAGGUCGCGGCUGGCCCCCGGAUCGUCGCUGCAGGCCGAAGAGAACGGCGUACCCGUGCCGUUGGCGCCCGGCCAGCCGCAGCCGACCCUGGGCGCGCCGACCAUUAGAAAUGGCUUCACCGAGUCGCCCUGUGGGCUGUGCCCCGUGUUCGACCUUUGCGAGGACGGCGGGCCAGUCAGCCCGGCCAAUUGCGAGUAUUUCAACCGCUGGCUGGGCCUCGAGGAUCUCCAGACCACCGCGCCGCCUAUGACAAGAGAUGCUGUGGGCGCAGACGAGAUAUAUGUGUGA